UUAACCCUCGACAACCACAGAGAGAGAGAGAGAGAUAAAAAUAAAAGAAAGAAGCAUUUUUCGGGAUUGGUGAUCUUCUUGUGAUGCUGCCUCUGCUGCUGCUGCUGCUUCCUCCCUUUUAAAAAAAUGCUUCCAUUUUUAAUUCCUACCUUUCAUAAUUAAUAAUUAAUCCCUUAUUUUUUCUUUCCCAAAACCAAUACCCAUUCAACACACAAAGAUUCGAUUCCAUUCGAUUCGAUGCGAUUCGCCUUCUCCCGGCGGCUCUUGCGGUGGUUGACGACAGGAAACAGCGUCGUUUCUAAUGAAGAAGAAGAAGAAACAUCACCAUAGAUUUCGUUUUGCUAUUAAUGAAUGGGCGGGUUUCAGCUGCAAAAAUUGCAAAUGAGUUGGCAACCGAAUUUGCUGAGUCAACAACGCAAAAACGGUCCUCUAGGGUUAAAGAAUCUCGGCAACUCCUGUUAUCUCAAUAGCGUCCUUCAGUGCCUCACUUACACUCCUCCUCUCGCUAAUUUCUGCCUACGUCUCCAACACUCCUCUCUCUGUAAUUCCCUUGCUAGCGGAGAUAGGAAGAGAGACUGUCCGUUUUGUAUUCUUGAAAAACAGAUAGUCCGUUCACUCAGUUCGGAUCUCGCGCACGAUGUGCCCUCGAAGAUUCGAAGCUGUUUGAAGAUUUUUGCUGAGCAUUUUCGCUGUGGACGACAGGAAGAUGCGCACGAAUUUUUGCGAUAUGUGAUUGAUGCGUGCCAUAAUACGUGUUUGCGUUUGAAGAAACUGAGUUGGAAAGGGAUUGAGAACGGUGGUGAUGGGAGUGUGGUUAAGAAGAUAUUUGGAGGUGCAUUGCAAAGUCAAGUGAAGUGCUUGUGUUGCAAUUGCGAGUCGAAUAAAGUUGACGAGAUUAUGGAUAUUAGUUUAGAUGUUUUAAAUAGUAAUUCGGUAAGAGAUGCGAUGCAAAAGUUUUUUCAGCCUGAGGUUUUGGAUGGGAAUAACAAGUACAAAUGCGAAAAUUGUAAGAAACUAGUGGCAGCUAGGAAGCAAAUGUCAGUACUUCAAGCGCCCAAUGUUCUUGUUAUCCAAUUGAAGAGAUUUGAGGGCAUAUUCGGUGGGAAGCUUGAUAAGGCCAUUGCAUUUGAAGAAGUUUUGGUUCUUUCAAGCUUCAUGAGCAAGACAAGCCAGGAUCCACAACCCAAGUAUAAUCUUUUUGGUAUCAUUGUGCACUCUGGAUAUUCCUUGGAAGCUGGACACUAUUAUGCAUACAUCAAGGAUGCAAUCGGUCGGUGGUAUUGCUGCAAUGAUUCGUAUGUGACACUCUCAACACUGCAGGAGGUCAUGUCAGAGAAGGCCUAUAUUCUUUUCUUUUCUCGCACUAACCAAAGGCCAGUAUCUGCUGACUCUGCUUUUACCUCCAGUGGAGUAAAAUCAUGCGAAUUGAAUGGCAGUGAAGCAUCCAAAAGUUCAAAGGCUGCUGUUCCUUUGAAAGCACUGCCUACAAAACCACAGGUUGAACAAUCUUCAAGAAAGGAUAUUUCAGCCAUGUCUAAGAUUGACAGAGUGCCUUCUAGCCCACCGGUAAAGUUCAGUUUUGUUGGGAACUCUGGAUCCAAAAGUGUUCCUUCAUCUGUUAAUGGAAAGGUUGAUCCUCAUAAGUGUCAAAACAAGGAAAUGAAUGGGAAUGUGAAAGAGACAGUUCAUGUGGAGAUAUGUGACAAAGAUGUAUCAACAGUGACAAGCAGUAAUGGCUUUGAAAAGCAUAAAAAUGUUGAUGCUGUUGAAGGUGAGACCCACCACACAUUUGCAGCAGCAAGUGAAAAUGGUCAUUCUCAAAAUGGUGCUUUUAAUUCUGUAAAGCCACAUAUCUGUGACAGUAAUGGUACAACAAGCAAGUUGACACCAGGAAGAGGACAUGAUCAACUUGAAUUGCAAAAUGGUGGUAUGAAGUAUCACGCUGGCAUUUCAGGUUUGAAGAGAAAGCCAAAGGAGGAAUCCUGCAUUUUGCUUUCACAGGAUGCUCAAUCUCUAGCCAAAGUUGAAGAAUUCAAAGAAGUCCUCAACCAAGAAGCAUCUUCCAUUUUGGGAUCAUGCGGUUUGUCAGAUAAGGUAUACAAUUUCAUGCGUGCGAGAAAGAGGUCAUGUAUUCAAGAAGCAGGAAACAAACCAAGUGGUACUGAUUUAAAGAAGUUGUUGAUUGCCGAUGCCAAACGAACCUAUAUUCCACAAAUACCUGAGUCAUUGAAAGAGGACCUAGUCAAACGCCUCCAGUUAUUUAGUCAAGAGAAAUGAUAUUGCUCUGGAGUUUUGGUGAACUCAACCGUCUCUUGAUUUUGUCACUGGAGGAGCUUGGUGUAUAAUCUGUAUCACUAAUUGAUGUAUUGACAGUGAUAUCUUUUCUUGAGAUAAUAACUGGGGAUCUGCUGUGACCUGCAUCUCUGAGCAAGUGCUGGCAGUGACAAGAGGUCAUUAUCUUGUCUUUUUAAUUCUUUAUCACGGCAAUAUGGUAUACUGGUAGGUGCACCAUUGUUGGUGCUGAGAAGAGAAGGCUGAGUUCAAAAUCUUGCAAAAAUUUUCUUCCUUAAGGCUGUAAAGUUUGUUUUGGCAGAGAACAAGUCAGGAACCCUAUAGAUUUUGUACUAUACCUUUUUUGGCAAUAUCUUAGCAUACGAUCCUUAUUUUA